AUGACGGUUUGUUACUGUUUCGACAGCAUGAAGAAUACAGACCAACCGAAAGAUGUUCCUCGAUGCCAUCUCAGUUUCUUUGCCGUUCUUUUAGCCUGGUAUCCAGUCAAGCCACACUCUCCGAGGUUACUUAAGGGUUAUUAUAGCUCUAGCUGCAAUAGUCUAGCCAGUAAACAGUCUCUGCCCUCUGACCGUGGACAUCGAAACCAGCGAACCCAGCCCGGACGGCAAUUACCGAUCAACGACUUUCCACCAACGCCAGCUGCACACCCUCGAUCCAUCCUGAAAACGUCUAUAGUCAGAAGCCGUACCUUCUCUUUAGGCCGCCACCGUCCUCUACGGUAUCAGCACAGUCGCCGAGGAAGAGUAUGCCAAGUCGGCGGCGUCCACUACAGCUAUGACUCCUACAAUGAAACGGCGUACACGCUCCACUUGAACAAUAUUGCGCACAGCCCUGAGGCUGCCACAGUAGCUCGUACCCCGGAAGCUAUUAUGCUAAACGGUCUAGAUAUGCUACCGAAAAUAGCAGCAUGUGGUCCUGAUACGCAAUGA